AUGGAUGACCUCUCUGGUCUCGAUUGGUCCAAGCCCAGCGGUGGGCAACCGCCAAAAGCUGCGCCCAUGACCAGCAACAUGGCGUACCCAUCUCUGCGACCGAGCCCCUCGCCUUUCACGUCGGGGCGUAACACGCCCGCGUCUACGCAGGGUACCGGAAGUAGCCCAUUCGCGAAUCCGCCGCAACCGCAGCCUCAACAACAAGCCAAGGCAACCCAGGACAGCUUCAGCAACCUGGCGCGCUUCGGCCCCGCCAAGACGUCCCAGAACCUGAGCCUCGCCGAGCGCCAGGCGCAGCUCGAGGCCGAGAAGCGCAAGAAAGAGGAGGAGAAGCGCAAGCUGACCGAGGCACAGUUUGGGAACGGGCAGCAAUGGGACAUGCUCGGGUCGCGCGGCCAGGCUCCGAGUCCGGGGCUGCAACCACCCCUCGCGGCACAGAGCUCCAGCCACGACGGCGACGACAACGACCUGUUUGCCGCGUUCAACAAGGAUACCAAGGUCGACAACGCCAGCCACUUCCCACCGCCGGAGAAAGAGACCUCUACGAGGACGGAACAGAGGCCCCUUGACCUCUCGAAUCCUAAUGCAUGGAGUGCGUCGGGCUCGGACCUGGCGGCUUUUCCGGCCGACGACGAUCCGUUUGGCCUGAGCGAAUUUAAAUCCAACGGUGCCCCGGCGGCAGCGACGACAUGGCAGACGAGAACACAGCCUGACAACGACGACGAUUUUCUAGGCGAUCUAGGCCGGCCGGUGGAGGAGGUGCGCGCCAAACAACAAGUUGCCCCGCAACGUGGCGAGCCCGGAAAGCCAAUUGAGGAUGGCGACUCAAGCUCUUCCGAUGACGACGAGCCACCUCGGAGACCGCAACACGAUGCCCGCCGGCCAAAUAAUGGCGGUGACGCCGAGUUUGACAGCGCCGUGGCUCAGCUUGUGGACUACGGUUUCGCGCCGGAAGAUGCGCGCCGCGCCUUAGUCGAGAGUGGUGCUGGUACAAACGUCCAGCAAGCCGCCAACUGGCUGCUUGACGAGGCGCACCGGAAGUCGAAAGCGAAGGCGCAGGGACGACCCUCGUCAAACAACUCGAACCGUUCGGAACGCCGGGAGCAGCCAACGCCAGGACGCAGCGAGCCCGACUUUGCCAAGUCGGCGGCCGCGGUUGGGAGCACUCUGUUCAAGACGGCCAAUUCGCUGUGGAAGACGGGCCAGAAGAAGAUGCAGCAGGCUGUCGCAGAUUUCCAGCAAGAGGGCGGUGGUGAUCCCGGCCAGCCCAAGUGGAUGCGGGAUGCCCAGGCAAAGCAGGCACGAGGCUCGACGAGAGAGGAGACCAAUGCGACUGACGAGGCAAUGAUGCUGGAAUCUGGCGGACGGCCAAGACCAGCCAAAGACAAGGGGCCUCGAGGGACGCCGGAUGCUACAAGAAGCUCCUCGCCCGCGACUUCGUCUGCAGGCCAGAGUCGGAGUGGCUCUGUGCCCAGGUGGCAGCAACAACAAGCUGCGCCUCCUUUGGUGCCGAAUGCACGAUCACGACUUAACCGCUUCGCGGACGACGAUGACACGUUCGCCAUUAGCUCGAGUAGAAGACGCAAACCAGCGUCUCCUGCGGCGGAACCGGUCAAGACACAACCUGAGCAGGAUCUGCUGUUUGGCUCCGAAGCACCAAGGCAACCGAGCCGUCCUACGCCGCCUCCUCAAAGCGCGCCACCGACGAAGAAACCACAAUCCAACCCUACGCCUGUGCGUAAGGCAACGCCGAUACCCACCCGCCAAAUACCUUCCAUUACGCCCUCAGCGAUGCAAACUUGUACAAAGCAUCGCCUCGAGGGAACGGCGCAUUUCAAGCGCGGAGACUUUGCGCAGGCACAUGCAUCUUAUUCAUCCUCUCUCGCCGCCGUGCCGUCUACGCAUCCUCUUGCAAUCAUUCUCCUCACAAACCGAGCGUUGACAGCUUUGAAAACAGGCGAGCCCAAGCAGGCCGUGACAGAUGCAGACAAUGCCAUCAGCAUUAUAGGGCCAGGAAAUGGCCAGGGAGAGACUGUGGCUGUGACCGGAGAUAAUGGCCAGGAAGAGAACCGUGAUAUGCGCGACCUGUACGGCAAGGCGCUCAGCCGCAAGGCCGAAGCCCUGGAGCAGAUGGAGAAGUGGGGAGACGCCCUCACGGUGUGGAAGCUGGCGGUGGAAGCUGGUCUCGGCGGCGCCACGGCCGCCAAGGGCCGCCAGCGAUGCCAAGCGGCGCUGACACCCAAGCCCAAGGCCGCGCCGCCCAAGCCCGCCGCCGCACCGAGGCCACGCCCAGCCGCAUCGGCGGUGGCUAGCCUGCAGCCCCCAAAGGACUCCGCGGCCGUCACGCGACUCCGCGCGGCUAACGAGGCGGCGGCCAAGGAGGACGACGAGAAGUUCGCGCUGUCGGAGCAGGUGGACGCCAAGAUUGCGGCAUGGCGCGACGGCAAGCGCGACAACCUCCGCGGCCUGAUUGCGAGCCUGGACCAGGUGCUCUGGGAGGACAGCGGGUGGAAGAAGGUGGGCAUGCACGAGCUCGUCAUGGCGAACAAGGUCAAGAUUUCGUACAUGAAGGCGAUUGCCAAGACGCAUCCUGACAAGAUUGCGCAAGAUGCCUCGACAGAAGUGCGCCUGAUUGCGGGAUCGGUGUUUAGCACGCUCAAUGAGGCGUGGGACAAGUUCAAGGCGGAGAAUGGACUAUGA